UGUAGUUCCCGCUUCCAGCCGACAGAGUGCGCAGUCGCAGUAGGUUCUUUCUGUAGUCCACUUCCGUCAGUGGAUUUAAACUUCCACCGGAAGUGUGCUCGUCCUCUUCUACCAGGCCGAUCCAACAUGGGACGAGUCAGGACCAAGACGGUGAAAAAGGCCGCCAGGGUCAUCAUCGAGAAAUACUACACCCGACUGGGCAGCGACUUCCACACCAACAAGAGGGUGUGCGAGGAGAUCGCAAUCAUCCCCAGCAAGAAGCUCCGCAACAAGAUCGCCGGGUAUGUGACACAUCUGAUGAAGAGGAUCCAGAGGGGUCCGGUCAGAGGAAUCUCCAUCAAACUGCAGGAGGAGGAGAGAGAGAGGAGGGAUAACUACGUACCAGAGGUAUCCGCUCUGGACCAGGAGCUGAUUGAAGUUGAUCCCGACACCAAGGAGAUGCUGAAGCUGCUGGACUUCGGCGGUCUGUCCAACCUGCAGGUGACCCAGCCCACCGUCGGCAUGAACUUCAAGCAGCCCCGAGGAGUCUAGACGUCUGUAAAGUAUCUUCUAAUAAAACCCUCUGGGACAAAA